AUGGGGGACAGCGCGCGAGAGGUGGACGAAAGCGAACGCACGCGAGCGAAGGCGUCGUCGUCGAAGACGUCGAAGACGUGCGCGGCGUGCGGGAAGACGUGCAGGGGACUUCCGAGGUGGAAGUACAAGGAUUCGAAACAGUAUUAUCAUUACCAGUGCCCGAGGGACGACGAUGGGAGCGAUGCGACGGUGUUGGCGCCGCGGGAGAGCGAUAUCGAACGAGAGUGGUCGAGACCGACGCGGAAAUCGACGCGCGGGGGGAGAAGGGUUGAGGUGAGGGAGUCGAGAGGCGCGCGCGCGCGGUUGGCGCGAAACGAGGCGGAACCGUCGACGAGCGGUGACGGAUCCGGUUCUGCCGCGCUGGCAUUCGUCGAUGGCAUCGUGAAGGCGAUCGAAGAGUUUGACGCGAGGGGUGGAUUGGCGAAGCGCGCGUUGACGGCGGCGAGCGCGACGUACGUCGCCGGCGCUUUCUUGUUGGUGUUGCCGAGUUCGAUUUUAGCCGCGGUCUCCGUGUUCGCCAUCGCGCUUCGAGCUGCCGUGACCGCGGCGAUCAUCAUCGCCGCUGUCGUGUUCAUCGGUGCAGCCGUCGCGCGUAGAGUCUCUACCGACGAGGAAUCAUUCAAGGAGCGGUUUGCGCAAGCGAGUCGAGCGGCGAAGGCGCUCGCCAUGGGCGUCGUCGCGGCGUCCGGCUUGUCCACAAUUGUGGACGCCCCGAUGACGCCCGAGAGAGUGGGUGCGACGAGUAGACUGAUGUUCGACGACCCGCUUCUGAGCGAGACUCCAGAAACGCCACGGUUGAGUCCGCCAUCGGCGCCGUCGCCGCGCGAACGCGCCGAGGCUGAGCAAAUCCGUCGACUCGCCCAGGAAAAACGUGAGGCCGAGCAAAUGCUCGAGGAAGCGAGCGUGACGAUUGAAUUCUUACGAGAUGCGCUUCAAUCGGUCGACGACGCUCGCGCGAGCGAUCGCGCGCGGGUCAGCGAACUCGAACGCAAGCUCGCUCGCGAGUCACGCUCGGUGCAAAAACUUAGCCGUCGCGUCGCCGCGAGCGAGCGCGAGCGCGCCAACGCCGAGCCGUGGAUGCUCGACCCGAAUUAG